GCAUCUCCGGCAUCUCUGUCAGGAUUACUCAGAAGAGAAGGAGACACGCUGAUAGAUUUUGGUGAACGGCACCAAGUGAGCAGUGAUAAAGGGAGAGCAGAGGAGACAGAGGACCGCGGGAAUCCUUUUGUCCAGGUCACACGUGGCUGAGAGACGCUGCGUAAAGCUGCGGUUGUUGUUGGAGCGACUUGUUUCGGAGUUUGGUGGCGAUUUCUCCACACUUUCCACUUCGCUGACAGUGAAUUAACGCUGUUGGAGUAGUUCCUCAAACUGGCUGCUGCUGUUUCUCACUGCAGGGCUUUAGUGGCCCGGGAGACCCUCGUGUACUUCGGAUGUGGUUGUGUGUGAAGACUCACGUAGACAGACUUAUAGCGGAGCCGUUGCAGGAGGUGCUGCUGAUGCAGAAGCGUGCAGGGAUUUAGUGCAGCUGUGCAUCUCUCUGCCCUCAUUUCAUCGGACAGAUCACCUUUUGUUUGAGCGGUUGAGAUCGCCUCCAGGACUGAAGUCCGCCCGCCUGCACCUUUCUUUGUUGACACCAUUGUGCAAGGACUAUGUUGAUGAAGGAGUACCGCAUCUGCAUGCCUCUCACAGUGGAGGAGUACCGGAUUGGUCAGCUCUACAUGAUCAGCAAACACAGCCAUGAGCAGAGCGAGCGUGGGGAGGGGGUGGAGGUGGUCCAGAACGAGCCCUAUGAAGACCCCGAACACGGAUCGGGACAGUUCACAGAGAAAAGGAUCUACCUCAACAACAAACUGCCGAGCUGGGCGAGAGCAGUGGUGCCCAAGAUUUUCUAUGUCACAGAGAAGGCUUGGAACUAUUACCCAUACACCAUCACAGAAUACACGUGCUCCUUCCUGCCCAAGUUUUCCAUCCACAUCGAGACCAAAUACGAGGACAACAAAGGGUGCAACGAUAAUAUCUUCGGCAGCGAGCCCAGAGAGGAGGAAACAGAGGUGUGUUUAGUGGACAUCGCCUACGAUGAAAUCCCAGAACGCCAUUACAAAGAGUCAGAGGACCUGCGGUAUUUUCAGUCAAAGAAGACAAACCGAGGCCUCCUGCAGGAAGGCUGGAUCGACAACCAAGACCCCAUCAUGUGCUCCUACAAGCUGGUCACCGUGAAGUUUGAAGUCUGGGGGCUGCAAACACGCGUGGAACAAUUUGUCCACAAGGUGAUUCGGGACAUCCUGCUUUUAGGACACAGGCAGGCGUUUGCCUGGGUGGAUGAAUGGAUUGACAUGACCAUGGAGGAGGUCCGAGAAUACGAGCGCGCCACACAAGAAGCCACCAACCUGAAGAUCGGCACGUUCCCCCCGACCAUCUCCAUCACAGAGACCCCGCUACCGUCCUGCACUCGCAGCGGCCCCAACAGCGCCCCGUCCACUCCCCUCUCCACAGAGGCCCCCGAGUUUCUUACAGUGCCAAAGGAGCGUCCCAGGAAGAAGUCGGCCCCGGAGACCCUGACCCUCCCCGACCCGGGCCGCAGGGAUUCGCUCUUCAAACUGCCGAGUUUUUUCUCCUGGAACUCCAGCCCGCAGCCUGAAUGAGAGCGACGGUUCACACAGAGCUGAACCCCCCCCGCCUCCAUCAGCAGAGGAUGCCUGCCCAGCACAUCCCACAAUGCCCCUCAGCCAGCGGAAGUGAAGGAGACGUUUUCACGGUCCUGGUGAUCCCAGCCUCUACAGACCCGCCUGUGUUACUGCAAAGCCCUCAGACUACCUGUACAGGUGUACAUGGGCCGACUGAACUCAAAACUCUGAGAGGGAAAAGGUAAAAGUCCCACUGAGAGUCAAACUGAAGCAGACAGAGGCUCCAGCUUCUCUUUUACCAAAACCGCCAGGAACAUGCGUCAUAUAAAGGCCUGUUUCCAAAAAAGUUGGGACUUAAGGUUGUGUAAAAUGUAAAUAGAAACAUUUUGUUGCUAGUUUAGGUCAAGAGAAAUGAUUGUGGCACUUUUUUCCAAGCACAGACUUGACAUCCUCUCACUUAAGUUUUCAUUUUCUAGAAACAAAGUUUUAACUGAGGCAGGCCUUAAGCCUCAGGGCCCAAAGCUUCAACACACACACCUGUCAGACAACUCAGCCAUGUCUAUAAUUAUGCAAAUGCGUGUACAAAUCGUAGGCUCAAUAAAUCAAAACAUAUGAGUUAUGAAAAAAAUCAGUGCAUGUAGAGUUUAAGAAAUUUAAAAAAUGAGCUAAUCAGACCAAAAACAUUUUUUGUACCAGGAGGUAAACUGGUUUAUUUCUGCUGUAAAAAUGUGAAUUUAAGUUGAGAGUCCUUUGUUUUUGGAGCCAACCUUAAAUGGACACAACUAGAGACAUCUUUUUCAUUUGUCGACACUCGGUGUUGCCUCUUGCUUCCACCAAAUGUUUGUUAUUUUGUCGCCACUGUCCCAACUUUUUUGGAAACAUCUUACUAGUUAAAAAUUAAUUUUCCAGAAACAUUGCAUAGGUUUCUUUGUACUAUUUUCAAAAUGGGGAUUCACUGUUUUGCAAGCCAUCAAAUUUGGUUUAGAUUUACAUGUUACACAGCGUCCCAACUUUUCUGAAACCUGGAGGGUGUACCAGGAAGCGAGAUCAAAGGGUAAGCCUGUUCUGUUGAGUCAGAGUUUUCUGUGCCAUGAAGCUGGAUCUCUUUAACCCUGUUAGUCUAAAUAGUUACACUCAGUGUGUCCGUGACCAAAAUGGCCCCAUACAUAAAUAACAAUAAAAAAUAAUAUACCUUCAUAUUUUCCAACUUCUUUUGUGUCAGGUUUUUAAACAAUAUCAGACAAUAUCAAAUAUAAAUACAUUUUGGGGAAAUUUAACCUUUUAAAUGCCAGUUUAAGUGCAAAUCCCUGUUGUUUGAACUGUAAAAAACAUUAAAAAAAGAAAUAUUUUUCAUAUUACAUGCAAAUCAGAUUUUCCUUAAAGGGGAAUAUCAAUGGCUUGAAUAUAAUAUUAAUAGGAAUCAACUUUGAUUUUUAUGCAUUAUUUUUUUCUCCAAAAUUUAAGAUUUUCAUCGAUUUUAGCGAGCUGGGUGUAAGUGGCAAAAAAUUUAUUAAAAGCAGAAAAAAAAAACUUUUUUUGCAUUAUUUUUUAACGAGGACACAUGAUCAUAAAUAUGAAAUAUUUAUUAAUUUUUAGGAAUUUAAACUUUCAUGGCCAGUUAAAAUUUUAAAAAAUUUAUUUUUGGGAUGUAAAAAAGGACAUAUUUUUCAUAAACCAAAUGCAAACUGGAUUUCCUUCAAGGGGAUAAUAACACCCUGGCAUAUGUUAAUUAUGAACAACAUCUUUAAUAGUUAUGCUUUUUUUAUUCUAAGAUUUUAAUUAGCUUUUACAGUCAUGUCCUUAUAGGAAACCAGGAGUAAAAGGUGUUUUAAAUGGGUUUCAAUGGGGCAUUUUUGGUCACCAACAGCCUGAGUGUGUACAAAAAGUCUACAGCUCUUAUUUCUAAACACAAACUCUUCAAAGAUAAAGAAACCAAAAAUUUACUUUGAGACUAAGAUGAUUGCAGUUGUUUUCUCCCAAAUAUUUCUCCUUCUUUGUCAAAGAUUCCAUUUGAUUUUAUGCAUUGUAUUGUGCAGGUACUUUUAAAAUUUACUAAAAAAAAAAACUCCAAAAUGUAUGUUGUUAGCGCUUACACAGUCAAAACAAUCAAAAAAAGAAAACAAAAAAAUGACCUUAAAAGCUGCAAAAUGGCCUCAACACCCUCUAAGGGUUAAACCUGGUUAGAUUUCCAUGACAACCAACUUUAAACUCAUAAUAUGCUUAGCACCCGGUUAUACUGAGAUUCACAGCUUAAAAUUGGCUGGAAAGAGUCGUCACUUUCAUUGAUUAUUACUUAGAAAUGUUUCCCCUUGGCCUUAAAAUCCUAAUGCUAAUCAUAAUGCUAAAGUUUUAAUACCUAAGGUGCUUCUUACCAGCAGGGACUCUUUCCAGGAACUGGUAACCUUUGGAGGAACUGUGCUUUUUCAACCAAAGGAACCAGGGUCUAGAUUUAGUUCUGGGGUUAAAAAUAUCCAUUUUCAAAUGCCCAGACACCUGUAAGAUUGAUGAAGAAAGUCUAAGCUAACAGUGAAAGUUCAUAACUGAUAACCCUGACUGAGGCUUAAACCUUUAUCAAGCCCACCUCCCCUGAGAAACUCUGAGUAUGUUAAGCUCUCUUCAUGGUACACCCUGUCUGGAGUUACAGUAACUUAGUCUGAUAGAUUGUACUGUAGCGUACAUUCCUGUAAAAUUUUAAACCCUACAAAGCAUCACCUUAAUUUACUCCAAACUCAGGGUGCGUCGACACGAUCAACUCACUCACAUGUACAGACUUUUAUUUUUAUUUCUGCUUUUCUGUCAAACAAAGGAGCCUCUCGCUUUGGAGCUUGUUGUAUUUCUGUGGUUGGGACUUUUUCGACAGAUCCUCGUGGGCCACCGUAUCAGUUACGUAUUAAGGUUUUCACAGUCAUAUGUAAGGUGAUUGUGUAUUCUUGUAUAUACUGUAUGAACAUGGUUAAAUCAGAAAAUAUCAACUUUAAAAGAUGACAUAUCCAGUGAUGAUGCUGCUAUUAUAAAUGGCCUUUUGUGUAUUGAAAAAGGAAAAUGCUGUCCAGCUUUUUAUGCUUUAAUUGUAGUGAUUUCUGUCUGCCACAGUGACUUCUGUACCUGCAUGAUUGAAAUCAAGAGGCUGAAUCUUUGUGACUUUAAUGUUUGUUUCUCUGCCUCGCUCUCGAUGUUGUGUUUCAGUUGAGUUUUUACAGACUGGUGAGUUUCUUCUGCUUUGUUGAUUAACUGUGUUCAUUUUGCAGUUAUAAUUGAUGGUUUUUGUAUUUAUUAAAUUAAAAGAAAUAAA